GCUUGCCACUACUGCAAACUAGCAUAUCCUGGUCCACUUCAAAGUACUGAUAACUUGCCUUUUCCGUUGAAUUAUUGCCACCCGCAGACCCCCCCGCUUCUUUUUAUAGCAAAGAAGAGUGAACCAGGAUAUCACAAACCUUGAGCAACCCUCUCCUCUGCUACUUCCAACAAAGAGAGAAUGGAGAGAGUACCUGGGGUGGAAGAGCAGAAGUCAGCAGAACAAGUUGAUGAAGCUGGCCAAGCCGAUGAUAAUACCUCAGUACCAUGGCUGAAGUUGGGUCUUGAUGCGCCAAAAAGUGAAGAAGCUCAGCCUCCUGCUAAGCCUCCCGAGGCCAAAUCGGUGGCCACUCAACAUAGGACUUUCUCCUGCAAUUACUGCAUGAGAAAGUUCUUCAGCUCGCAGGCCCUUGGCGGGCACCAGAAUGCACACAAGAGGGAGAGGUGUGCAGCAAGGAAGUCACACAGAUUUCAAAUGAUGAUGGGCCUCCCUCCAGCUGCUUCCUUUCUCCAACCUUUAAGAGUGAACUCCCACUCUACAGUUCUGAAGGAGCACGGUGAAAGAGCUGCUGUUGUCGUAGCAAGAUUUGAUGGAGGCCAAAUGAGUGCCUGGAUGCCUUUUGCAAUUGAAGAAGCUGGUUUGGUAUGGCCAGGGAGCUUCACAACAGGUUCACAGGAAUCAAAGAAGCAAACAGAGAAAAAUCUUGACCUGACCCUGCGCUUGUAAAUUUGUAAUUCACAGAUAGGGUCAUAUAUAAGAAUUUUCUGAGAAGUGUAAUCUUUUUUCACAAUUUCUGCUGGGUGAUCAAGUAUAAAGUGCACUGCGAGAAUGAAAAAUUUAAACCUGCCCCUGUGCAUGUCUAGCAACUGCACUUCUAUCUCUA